AUGCCGACUGCCACGCAAGAAGCUCUCGCGGACGAGAAAGAGAAGUCGAUCCUCGAAGAGCACAAGCAGCGCUUCUCCGCGAUGAAGCUGGCGCCCGAUGAUAUCGAGCCUUGCGACGCAAACGGCGAGAAGCUCGUCGCCGGCACGCGCGUCCAGCUCUUCGGCUUACAAGCGCGGCCCGACCUGAACAACACGUACGGCCGCAUUGUCACGUACAAUACCGAACGCGGCCGCUUCGGCGUGCAGCGCGAGGAAAUGCUUGAAGGCAAUGGCCAGAUCACGUUCGGUUGGGUGGACAUGGAGGUCGAGGCGCCCAUGGCGGUCAAGCCCGAGAAGCUGCGCAUCGCGCCGCGCCUGCCUGCGGCGAUAGGGACGGCGGCAGGCUCGCGACGCGCCCACGCCCAGGACGCCAAGUAUGUCCUCGAUUGGCUCGACUCUGGCGGGCACAUUGAGGCUCGGCAUCCGGUGAACCACGACACGGUGCUCACACUUGCUUGCGCCGUUGGCGCGUCCACCCUCGUCAGCGCCUUAGUCGAGCGCGGUGCUGACGUCGAGGCCCGUGCGAAGAACGAGACCACGCCCCUCAUGUACGCCGCGUUCGGAGGGCACGCAGAGAUCGUGCGGACGCUUCUCAGCGGCGGGGCCCGCGUCGACGCGGUCAAUGGCGACGGCCGCACCGCCCUCAGCGACGCUACGAGGGCGAACCACGUUGAGGUCGCGGCUAUGCUGCGAGAGGCCGCCGCCGCAGGCAGUGGCGAACCACGUUGA